AUGGGUAAGAAGAUCGAGAUGACAGCCACAACGAAAGCGUUUCGGGCUCGAAAUCCGGACUCAAACAAGCAAAUGCCGAUCUAUUUUGCUGAUGAGAUGCCCGAUUUGGCCGAGGCGGCUUCGAUCAGUCGUGCAGUUGCUCAAAUGCCAACGGGAAUGGAGAAAGAGGAGGAAAUGGAGACACAUUUACAAGAUGCAAUCAUUUCACAACAGGCUUGUUCUUCCGGUCUCAAUGUUGAAGCACGGGUGAUUCCUACGCCAAAAGUCCAUUCGAUUGACGAGAACCGAUACGCAAAGAGCUACAAAUUGCUUGGUGAAUGUUCGUCACAAUUUUUGAAGGUUCAGGCUUGGGAAGCUUUGGAAUACGAGCGACCCGAGUACGAUUGUGACAGUGAAGACGAGAAUUGGUUGAGGAGCAGACCGCACAUUCUGGCAAGCGAUUUGGAGAAGAUCUUUGAAGAAUUGGAGACACGCUCUUCGGAAACGCAAAUUUGCCUGCCAGAUACAGCCCGAAAAGUGAUACAAAGCUACGAUGUAGCGCUUUUGGACGAUGUUUACGAUUAUUGGUUGGCGAAACGCAAAGAUCGGACGACGUCGGGCAUUGGGACGGGCUUGAUAUCAAAAAUUCGAACAGAAGGCAAAAAGGAUGGCCAAAUCAACCCAUACAUUGCUUUCCGACGAAGAAUUGAGAAGAUGCAGACAAGAAGAAAUCGGAAAAAUGAUGAAGAUGCAUAUGAGAAUGGUCUACGGAUAGGCAGAGACUUGCGUCGAGCUGUUCAAUUGGCGGAUAUGGUGAAACGACGGGAAAAGACGAAACUUGCCUUAAUUGAAAGUGAGAUGGAAAUCCUGCAAACACAUGUUGAUCUGGAAGAGUACGAUUCGGUGCUGUACAUGCAACUUGUGAACGUGCUUCGAGAAAAGUUCAGUGAGCCAUUCUGGGAGGAUGUUCCAACACCCCGCAAGAAGCAAAGAAGAAGGAAAGCCAUUGUUUCGAUCGAUCGUGAAAUCCCAAGUAAGGCCUGGCUUAAGAAGAACGCCGAAAUGUGGAAUGUUCCCUUAGCUAGUUCAACAGCAAUCAGUGGUGCUUCAUCCUUACCCAAUGGUCACCCAAUUUCGGCGUCGGAGCCCGAAGAACCGGAAAGUUAUUUCACAUUCAGGCCUCGAAAAGGUUGUCAAUAUCGAAAGCCGUUGCCCUUGUUUCUUUCACCCUCAAUUCGGAAUCUCAGCUCAUUGAAAUCUCAGAACGACAAAGAAAGGCAGGACCCAUCUACGUCGGACGUAGAUCCUUUCUCACAGAAGAAUGUUGUGAGGCGAAUUGGACGAGGUGGACGCCCUAUAGUUGAACGUUUGAUUCGUUUCGUGAGACCACAGAAGAUCACUGUGCCUGUUGCUUCUUUACCUUCGUGUUCAAAGCAAAUCGAGGAGGUUCAAAAGCAAGUUUCACACGUGAAGAACAACCUUGUUCCUACGAGGAAGGAGAACGGCCCUUUGCUGAUCACAAGGAAUGAGGUCACUCCGUCAAAUUCCAAUGCGAACUCCUCCUUUUUCAAUCGAAUCAGCCCAGUGUUUGAGAACUCGCCGAGUGAAGAGUCCCGAUCUUGUUCACCAGUUUUUCUAUGGCAUCAACCGCCUCCACCUUCGCAAUCCACAAAUCCAACGCCAAAACUGCCGGCA